GAGAGAGACAAAGGGAAGGAGGACGACAGAAGGAGAGGAGCGAAUCGGGACGCGGAGACCGGCACGGGGAAGGAGAGACCUGACGCUUUGCGAAGAACGGAAAGCGAGGCACGGGAGGAGGGAGGAGGAGAGGACAAAUAAAGGAGGGGGGAAGAAGAAACGCGAUCACUUCCAGCUGCAGCGGUCCGUGUCGCAGCAUGGGCAAUGCACCAUCCCAAGCCAACAGCAGGGCCUGUUUCCCGAAUCAAGAUCUCGAGCGUGGUGGCAGUCACAUGAUCUCGACAGAUGACGUGGAAUACCCACGAGAGUACCGCACGCUGGGGAAUGCCAGGCGCUUCUCCAAUGUGGGCCUGGUGCACACGUCAGAGCACCGGCAUACUGUUAGCGCCGCCCAGAGCCUCGAGGCCCUCACCAACCUCCACAAGGCCGAUAUGGAACGCAAGCGAGACGCCUUUAUGGAUCACCUGAAGAGCAAGUACCAACAGCAGCAGCUGCAGCAGUCACACCACAGCCCCCACCACAACCCGCCAUCCCCCUCGCCGUCCCACAGCAGUAUGAGGGGAACAUCAGAGCGAUCAGCACGAGAACAGCAACAGCCCAACUACUGGAGCUUUAAGAGCCGCAGUCCACGGCAUUCCCAGUCGACCCAGUCUGGACUGGCCGACCAGGCGGCUAAGCUCUCCUUUGCUUCCGCGGAGUCCUUGGAGACCAUGUCAGAAGCUGAUAUUCCCCUGGGAUUUAACCGGAUGAACCGAUUUCGCCAGAGCUUGCCACUGUCCCGCUCUGCCAGCCAGAAUAAGCUCCGCUCUCCAGGUGUGCUGUUCCUGCAGUACGGGGACGAGACUCGUCGGGUUCACAUCACUCAUGAGCUGAGCAGCAUGGACACGCUGCAUGCUCUCAUCGUGCACAUGUUCCCUCAGAAGUUGACAGCCGGCAUGCUGAAGUCGCCCAACACCGCCAUCUUGAUCAAGGACGAGGCACGCAAUGUCUUCUAUGAGCUGGAGGAUGUUCGUGACAUCCAGGAUCGCAGCAUCAUUAAGAUUUACCGCAAAGAGCCCAUCUACGCUUCCUACCCCGCCUCCGCACACCUGGCCAAUGGAGACCUGAGGAGGGAGAUAGUCUACUCCUCUCGCGACUCCUCUCCCACUCGUCGCCUCAACACACUUCCUUCUUCUGGAUCCUCCACUUCUCCAUCCCGCUCACGUCUCUCGUACAGCGGCGGCCGGCCUCCAUCCUUCACCAGCACCCAUCCUCAGAAUGAGCAGUCCAGACACCCACACCAUCCCUCGUCUGUCCAUGGCUCCAACGUAGGCCUGUCCCCUUCACCCAGCGCCAUCCUGGAGCGUCGUGAUGUCAAACCUGAUGAAGAGGUUUCUGCAAAAAACAUGGCACUGAUGAAGAAUGAGGGAUUGUAUGCGGACCCCUACAGCUUGAUGCAUGAGGGCCGCCUCAGUAUCGCCUCCACACAGUCUUUGGCUGCACUCGGAGAUCCUUUUAGCUUCCCUGUUUCUAGUGGUCUGUACCGCCGUGGCUCUGUGCGCUCCCUAAGCACCUACUCUGCAGCUGCUCUUCACGGGGACCUUGAGGACUCUCUCUACAAGCCUGGAGGUUCACUGUACUCUGAUGCAUACUCUUCAGCAACUCUAGGCAUGUGUUUUCGCAUGCCACCCUCAUCUCCUCAAAAAAUUCCUGACAUGAAGCUGAGGGACAGGGACUCGUAUUCCAGUUCACCACGAGGCUCACCUGUCAGGCAAACCUUCCGCAAGGACUCAGCUUCCUCUUCUGUAUUUGAAGAAAGCCCUAAGUCCAGGCCAAGUUCCGGUUCAGAACCUCUAUGUCUGACAGCUGGACCCGGAGAGGGCAGCAGGACCACGACUGGUUUUGGUUCCUCAAUAACUGGACAAGACUCUGACAGCAGUAGGGAUCAUCGUUUGGAGCGCAUGGAGGUCAUGGAGAAGCAGAUAGCAAACCUGACUGGGCUCGUACAAAGUGUGCUGACAAGAGCGCCAGAUAGUGAUAGCACAUGCGGCCUGCUGCGUCUCUGCAUGAUGGCGGGCUGCCCUCCAGACCAAGGGACGGAGUUCUCACGGCCAUUACCUUUCUCUUCCAGUGACAAGACAGAAACCAACAGCGAGGGCUCCACUACAGGAACUGGACGGCUGAAGAAGAAAGCUCAUACGCCGUCGGCACCUCUAGCUCUGAUGCCACCGCCGCCUUCUAAUACAAUUCAUAUGAACAGCGUCGGACGCUUGCAGAUGCAGCUUCACCUAAAUGGCCUGCAGCAAAAUGCCACCGACCUGCGCAAACAGCUCUCCCAGCUGCGCAAGGUACAGCUGGAGAACCAGGAUGCAGUGCGAACUCUGCUGAAGCGCACCGAAGCGGAGCUGAACGUACGUGUUGCUGAUGCCAUGAGGAAACAGGAAGAUCCUCUACAGAGACAGCGCCUCCUGGUGGAGGAAGAGAGACUCAAAUACCUGAAUGAAGAAGAGCUGAUUAUCCAGCAGUUACAUGACCUAGAGAAGUCGGUGGAGGAGAUCCAGAAGGAAUCGUCACUCAACCACAAGCUGGUGACAGUGCAGGAGCUGGAGGAGAAGGCCACUCAUCUGAGAAAGUUAGGAGAAACACUCACAGAACUGAAAAAUCAGUUCCCAGGUCUGCAGAGUAAGAUGCGGGUGGUGCUCAGAGUAGAGGUGGAGGCUGUCAAAUUCCUGAAAGAAGAGCCGCACAGGCUUGACGCCUUGUUAAAACGCUGCAGGACCAUAACAGACACCCUCACCUCCAUGCGCAAACAUGCAAAUGAAGGCGUAUGGAAAAAGCCAGAUGACUUCUCCAGUCCUUCAUCAAAGCACAGCGAAGACUUGCGGAAGUUUUCAGACUUUGACAUCCCUACCAGUCCACCACUCACCAUUAAUGAGCUUGGAGGAGGCAACAGCCUCUCCAACUGGAGCCCUCUCUCUAGCCUGAGCCGUGUCAAUGGGAACUCCUCAGGCCUCCACAAAGACAAUCAUCCUCCUGUUCCCCACAAGGGCAAAGCCCUGGAGGAGCUGGAACGCCGCUCUGCUGCUGACAAAGCUUCAUCAGUGGAGGUUCGACUGGCAGCCGAGCGGGACUGGGAAGAAAAGCGGGCCAGUCUAACCCAGUACAGUGCCCAAGACAUCAACCGACUGCUAGAGGAGACCCAGGCUGAGCUAAUGAGGGCGAUUCCUGACCUGGAGUUUGUUGCUAAGCAGACCAAGGCAUCCUCCAACUCACCGUCCUCCCAAACCCCCCAGAGUGCAGGGGGAACCCCUGAGCACCGCGUCAAUAAGCCUCAGCACAAGCUUACUGGGAAGGAUGCAGGAUCCAGACGUGGCUCUGAUGAGCUGACAGUGCCUCGGUAUCGCACAGAGAAACCUUCCAAAUCGCCUCCUCCUCCACCACCUAGACGCAGUUUUCCAUCUUCUCCAGGCCUGACCACCCGCAGUGGAGAAACCCUUGUUCCUGGAAAAACCAUAAAGAAGUCUGAGUCUGAUGAGGCCGAAGGUCAGAAGCCUCAUGUGAAGCUGAGGAGAACGGUGUCAGAAAACCCUCGUCCCGCCUCCACACCACCCACACUGGCCUCUGGAGACAAGGAGGAAGGAGAGGAGGAGAAGAUUGCUGCAGAGUUGGAGGACACGCCUCAGUCUAUUCCUCGUGUCCCACACAUCGUGCUCACAGAGAGUUUGCCAGCUGCUUCACGAAACCCCAUCAGAGAUUUUGGAGAAGAGAAAUCAUCACGCGACAGGACAGGUCAACAACACAAGGUCUCCCGGUCACAGACAGCAAAAGAAACCAAUCCAUUUGGAAACCCUUACAAUGGAGAGUUGAGGAUUCAGCGCGUUGAGGAGUAUGUGGAAAGGAGAACGGAGCUUGCUGUAGUGUUGACAGAGUUAGAAGUAAGGGUGAUCUCUCCAGCUGAGGCCAAGCAGCUCCACAGAGGUUCAGGAGAUGUUUUGCAGACUUUGACCAUCCCACUAGAGACUGAGAAGCCCUUUGAGGUCCAUCUGGGUGACCUGCCUCUUCUAGUGUUCUUCAGAGAGGAAAAAACGAUCAGAGAGGCCUACAGGAUGUUGCAUUCUCUUUUGGAGUUGUCUAAGGUAGUUGGCAAACCCAGAACAAGAUCUUCCCAACAAUCUAACCAGCUGUGUUUUGUCAUAGAGGCCCUGAAGAGAGGGAUAGAGACCGGCGAGCAGAUCCUAAUACCUCAGCAAAACCCUGAAUUUAAGAUUAUGUCUGAGGCAGAGCAGCUUUCACGCUCUGCAGAAAUCCUAGCCAACAAUGGCCAGAGAGAAACAAGUGGAGAUGUCCGGGGCAGCACCUGCAGGAGGCUGGACAGUCUGGAGGAGACCAUUCUUGAGCUUGAGAACACCUUGAUUGAAAUCGGUGGCCAUCCAACCACAGAUCAGCACCACUUUGAAGGCACCUACAAAAAUACGCUUGUACUGAAGACUGGCAGUCCAAUAUUGGAGACCAGGAGGCCGCCUGUCCCACCGAAGCCAUCACCUUUGAUCCAUGCAACGAUUCAGGUUCUUUGCUUACGUCUGCUAUGUUUCUUUGUCAUCUGAUUUCUUUCCUUCCUCUCUUGCUGAAUGUUGCAACUUCACCUUUAACCA